UAGACUUGCCAGAAGCAACAGAGGACUAAAGAUGAAGAUCUUUUUCUUAUUCACCUUUUUGACUUUUUUGUUGUCUGCUUUUGAACAAGCAGCUGCUUUUGCUCACUAUGACAAGAUUUUAACUCAUAGUCGAAUAAGGGCACGCGACCAGGGCCCAAAUGUCUGUGCUCUUCAGCAAGUUAUGGGAACAAAAAAGAAAUACUUCAGCACUUGCAGAAACUGGUACCAGCAAGCCAUCUGUGGAAAGAAAGCAACUGUUUUAUAUGAGUGCUGUCCUGGCUAUAUGAAGAUGGAUGGUACAAGAGGAUGUCCUGCAGUUGCUCCUAUUGAUCAUGUCUAUGGUACACUCGGUAUUGUGGGAGCUACCUCCACACAGCGGUACUCUGACAUAUCAAAACUAAGAGAAGAAAUAGAGGGACGAGGAUCAUUCACUUUAUUUGCACCAAGCAAUGAAGCCUGGGACCAAUUAGAUUCAGAAAUUCACAGGAAUUUGGUUGACAAUGUAAAUAUUGAACUGUACAAUGCUCUCCACCACCACAUGUUAAACAAGCGCAUGUUGACAAAAGAUCUUAAGAAUGGCAUGACCCUGGUGUCUAUGUAUAAUGGCCAGAAAUUGCUUAUUAACCAUUAUCCUAAUGGGGUUGUUACUGUUAACUGUGCCAGGAUCAUCCAUGGCAACCAGAUUGCUACCAAUGGUGUUGUCCAUGUCAUUGAUCGUGUCCUGACUGCUGUUGGAAAUACCAUUCAAGAUUUCAUUGAAGUCGACGAUGAUCUUUCAUCAUUUAGGGCUCCUGCCAUUACAUCAGGUGUCAUGGAUAUUCUUGGAAGACCUGGUCAUUACACACUCUUUGCUCCUACUAAUGAAGCUUUUGAGAGACUUCCGAGGGGAGUUUUAGAAAGAAUCCUGGGUGACAAGGUGGCUUCUGAAGCUCUUGUGAAGUUCCAUAUAUUAAAUACUCUCCAGUGCUCAGAAGCCAUCACAGGUGGAGCUGUCUAUGAAACCUUGGAAGGAAACACUGUUGAAGUUGGUUGUGAUGGUGAAAGUCUGACUGUGAACGGAGUGAAAAUGGUGAAACGCAAAGAUAUUGUAACAAGCAACGGCGUUAUCCACCUCAUCGAUCAAGUGCUAAUUCCUGAUUCUGCCAAGCAAGUCAUUGAGCUUGGGGGUGCUCAGCAGACUACAUUUACGGACCUGGUGGCACAGCUAGGUCUGGCAUCUUCUCUAAGGCCAGAAGGCCAGUACACUCUCCUGGCACCUCUGAAUGGUGCUUUCUCAGAUGACACCUUAAGGCUGGACCAACGUCUUCUUAAAACAAUCCUGCAGAAUCACAUUAUAAAAGUGAAAGUUGGGCUCAAUGAACUGUACAAUGGACAAGAGCUGGAAACCAUUGGAGGAAAACUACUUAGAGUCUUCGUGUAUCGCACUGCUGUAUGUAUUGAAAAUUCAUGCAUGGUCAGAGGAAGCAAAGAAGGAAGAAAUGGUUUUAUUCACAUCUUCAGACAGAUCAUCAAUCCAGCAGAAAAAACCUUGCAUGAAAUGCUGAGAAAUGAUAAGCGUUUUAGUGUUUUCCUCAGUCUGGUGAAAGCUGCAGAUUUGGAUGAUGUUCUGUCACGGCCUGGACAGUGGACUCUCUUUGUCCCAACUAAUGAUGCCUUUAAAGGUUUGACUGAUGAUGACAAGGACAUACUGAUAAGAGACAAAAAUGCUCUCAGGAAUAUUCUUCUUUACCACUUGACACAAGGAGUUUUCAUUGGAAGUGGCUUUGAGCCUGGUGUAACAAAUAUUCUUAAAACUAUUCAAGGAGGCAAACUCUACUUGAAAACAGUGAAUGACACUCUUCUUGUUAAUGAACUGAAAUCAAGAGAAUCUGAUCUCAUGGCAACAAACGGUGUCAUUCAUGUCAUUGACAAACUCCUAUAUCCAGCAGAACUGCCUGUUGGAAAUGAUCAGCUGCUCACAAUACUGAAGAAGUUGAUUAAAUACAUUCAAAUUAAGUUUGUUCGUGACAGUACCUUCAAAGAGAUUCCACUGACAUUUUACAAGCAUGACUUAAAGAUUAGUGGCGGGACUGAAGAGAAAAAAAUGUGGGGAUGAGACCGCAAAAAUCGCUUGUGAUUUAUAACUUAAGUAAAGCUGAUGAGAUCCAGCUUCCCAUUGAAAUAAAAAUGCUGAAAGGGAAAUUGUUUUAUCUCAGCUGACAAAGGCAGUUAAAAAUGUCAUGCAAAGAAUUUUAUCCAGACUGCUUAAUCGGUGUUUCUGGGAGGACUUCCUUCCAGAAGAAGUGAAAAAUGCUUGCUUUUUCAGUUGUCUGUGCUUCAUCCCAUUUAGGAUUAGAGGCCAUUUAACAUACAUGCUGAUCUUUGUUGCCUAGUCUCCAUCAUUAAAUCAGAUCCACACUGCAAUAUAAAUGGAUAGAUUAUUUCAUAUGGCCAUUCAUCCAAACUAUUUUAGAGAUCUUCCUGUGAUGAGGAUGAAACACUCUCUGAAAGUACCUCUUCUGCUGUGUUAAACCCAUAGACAGAGUAUAUAGUUUAGAUGAUUUACAGAAUGUUUAGAAGUUGAAAAUUAACUGAAAUAAAUUAAUUGUAUUCACCAAACAGAGAAAAAAAAGCUAUUGAGUACUGAAGGACUACUCCUUUCCAUUUCCAGUACAGCAUUUCUGCUUCUGGACACACUCCAGGGAUUGAUCUCUGGCUAGUGCAGCCUUUCUGCUGAUAAUUGACUCAGAUAUAGAACAAAUAAAACCAAUUCUGUCACUUCUGAGCUUUCUCAGUAACAGUAGUGAGUGUCAGAUGCCAUCAGAACCACAUAAAUCCUCAACAAUCUGUAGAUAAAAGCUGUCAUAGUUAAAUGUUAAUUUUUGUCAGGAAGUGCAACUAGACCAUGAUGAAAGGGCAACUUCCAUAAAAAACAGGACAUGUACUUUUUCCUGUCUCAGUGUUUUCUGCUUGUGUUGUGCUUCCAUUUUUUGUACCUGGGCAUAUAUGGGAUCUAAAAGAUUAAACAGAUGUAAAGAGUUAAAUCUUACUGAAACUCAAAACUUAACAGAUAAAAUAUUCAAAGGAUUGAUCCUAGACUAGGCAAUAUAGCUGGCUAUGCCUUCACCUUUUGCUUUGCACACAUCUCCUGAAUCAAUGACAUGAAAAGGUACUGUUAUUAAAAAAUGUAAAAAUAAAACAUUUAUAAACAUUCAUAAAUAUAACUUUUACAUUAUUUCAUUUAUAUUCAUCACUUGUAUCAAUGUAAACUGGUAUUUAAUGGAUUCUCAACAUGCAAAAAAUUCCUCUAAGUUUAAAACAGAAGCAAGGGAAUGAAUCUUCUAAGUUCCUUUAAAAUAUUUAUAAAUGUUUUUCAUUCACACCUGUUAGAAAAUAAAAAAAUGAUGGCUUGGUCAGCUGGUUAGGACUCAGAGUAGAGUAACAGAGGUCUAAAAUAAGAGGGAUUCUUUAUAAUUCUAUCAUAUCAUCUCAUCUGCAGCAAAUAAAUGAAUUAUUUACCUCUAAAUUCUACUCUAUGCAAUCAUUCGUUACUGGAAAAAAAAAACAAAAUCUUUUUGCUUUUUAUUAUUGAAGGUAGACUAAAUUUACUUUUUUCAACAAUUAACAGGAGCCACACAUCUUUAAAAGCUGUUGUUAAAUCAUGAUCAGUAAUUAUGGAAAAAAAUCAAUGCACAAUCAACUUUUACAAAAAUUCAUAUAAAUAUAUUUAAGGGAUUUUUAAGGAAAGUAAAAAAGAUAGAUUAUGCUAAGUUUCUGUCUCUGAAUAAGGAACAAAGAAAGUUGGUUUACAGCAGCUUCUUAAGUAGGAGUCCCACAGCACUCAUUAGAGAGGAACCAGAUUAUUACUGCUAAUUGAUGGUAUGUUCCUAAUAUAUCUAGUAUCUCCUGCUUUAGCAUGUCAGACAGAGAUACAUUUGGAUCAUUGUAAUCAAAAUGACCUCAUCCAUGAUAAUGGUAGCCAGUAAUGCUGAUAAAUAUCCUUUCAGCCAUUCCAGCUGAUCUCA